AUGUCUUCUUGCUGCUCUUCUCACAUUCAAACACCUGGGUUGUGCUCAUGUGGAAGGUCUCCAGUGUUGAGGACUUCAUGGACUGAUGCAAAUCCAGGAAGGAGGUUCUGGGGUUGUAGUCAAUACGUGAGGAAUCGAAGCAGAGGUUGUAACUUUCAUAUGUGGCAUGACCCAGCUGUUGGAGAUAGAGCAAAGAACAUCAUUCCAGGGUUGCUAAGAAGGAUUCAGCGACUGGAGGACGAAAUUAUGCGAAGGAGAAACAAGGAGAAGAUGCUGUUUUUCUCGUUGAUUAUCGCACUUGCAAUCGUCUGUGUUCUUGUAGUUGUUUGUCUUGUAAUUGUAAUUUGA